UGAUGCCCUGACACCAGCAAACACACACAGCAGGCUUACUGAGGAGCAACAUCCCACAUAAGGUAGGCCAGCAUGGCCUCUUUCCUCUUGUGUGCAUCCAAUACUAACACUGUGCCUCCGUCCUUUAUUUACAAAUAUUGCCUAAUCUGCCCUAGUUAUCCCAAAGCUCUUUUAUUCCUGGUAAUCCUGGUGCAUUCCCAGUGGUUGAACACUGUUCCACUGCCCAGCUUGGCACUGUAACACUACUUGCAUUGGGGCUCAGUCUGUUCGGAGAGAGAGGCGCUUUAUGUGAAAGGCGAGAAGAGGAGCAGGAUUUAAAGUUUUACACGGUGUGAGAGCAUCCAUAUCAAUGAGGACACCUGGCAUGGCGCUUUUUAAACAGCUGCUUGUGGAGGACUUCUAUGACAUUGGAGAGGAGCUGGGAAGCGGUCAGUUUGCAGUGGUUAAACGUUGCACAGAGAAGAGCACGGGCCUGGAAUAUGCCGCCAAGUACGUUAAGAAGCGCCAAAGCCGCGGCAGCAGACGCGGCGUGAGGCGGGAGGCGAUCGAGAGGGAGGUGGACAUCCUGAAACAGGUCCAGCACGCCAACGUUGUAGCACUUCACGACGUCUACGAGAACCGCACGGACGUGGUGCUCAUCCUGGAGCUCGUUUCUGGUGGAGAGCUGUUCGAUUUCCUGGCUCGCAAGGAGUCGCUUUGUGAAGAGGAGGCCGCUCAGUUUAUUAAACAAAUCCUGGAUGGAGUCCAGUACCUUCACUCGAAAAGGAUUGCACAUUUUGACUUAAAGCCUGAAAACAUAAUGCUGCUGGACAGAAAUGUUCAUCUACCCCGCAUUAAAAUCAUCGAUUUCGGACUGGCACAUAAAAUGGAAGACGGAUCAGAUUUUAAAGACAUUUUUGGAACCCCUGAGUUUGUUGCUCCAGAGAUAGUUAACUAUGAGACCUUGGGGUUGGAAGCAGACAUGUGGAGCAUUGGUGUCAUCACAUAUAUACUCUUGAGCGGCGCAUCGCCUUUCCUCGGCGACACGAAGCAAGAGACGUUAGGCAACAUCUCCGCCAUGAACUACGAGUUCGACGAGGAGUUCUUCAGCAACACGAGCGAGCUGGCCAAGAGCUUCAUCAGGCAGCUGCUGGUGAAGGACACGAGGAAACGCAUGAGCAUACAAGAAGCCCUCAACCAUCCUUGGAUUAAGAAGACCUGUGGCCGCCCGCCAGACAUCGCCGUCCUGGAAGCUGAGCAGCUUAAGACCAAGCGCUUGAAGGAGUACACCCUGGAAUCCCACUCCAACAUGUGCCAGAACAACACGUACGCCAACUUUGAGCGUUUCUCCCACGCGGUGGAGGACAUUGGGUCGAUGGAGAUGGGGGUGGCGCAGGUGGCGGGGGCCCCCCACACCCUGCAGGGGGACCUGGAGGCAUUGCUGGCCAUCUUCAAUGAUAAAGAAGCCUGGUUCGAAAAGGAGAAGGAAACCGCCAGAAAGCAACUCUCUCAAAUCCGCUGUGAUUUUCACAAAAUGGAGAUCACCAGGAGGCUGCUGCAGGAAGACUUGACGGGCGUGGGGACCACCCUGGACAGCGUCAGCGGGAAGUACCAGCAGAGGCAGAGUCACCUGGACACGCUCAGGCAGGAGCUGACCUCGGAGCUGCAGUGGCUGCAGGAGGUGAUGGGCUCUCUGCAUCUGCAAGGAGCAGCAACACUGGAGGAGCUGCUGCGUCCCGAGACCCAACAGGCCCUCACAAAGUCAACUUAAUAUGAAUUAUUUGGAAGCACAUCCCUUGAAUCGAAUACAGUCAUGGGAAUAUUCAGUAUGUGUCUACAUGCUGACUACACAUAAGUUCAAAUGAAAGCAAGUAUGCUUUGCAGCUGUAACACAGACUUCUGGGAGGACGUUGAGCAAUAUGUUGGCGUGAGAGGUCACAGCUCACAGAGUUCUUCUUCUCCAAUCACAUCCAAACAUGCCUCCAUGGAUCUUUGUGUACUAGGGCACAGAAACAGACCCUUCCCCUAACUUCCCACACAACGGGAACAUUGAUUUAUGUAGGGAUUAUAGGAGUCCAGCCCCAGCGGAUAAAUAUUGGAUUGUCAUAAAUAUUUCUUGGAGCUUGAUGUUUAAGCGAGCUCGAUUAAUGUUGGCUCGAAUUUGAUAGAUUUUGGCAAGUAGAGGCAAUAACUUAUUUGCCUUCACUGUGUUGUGAAAAUGAGGCCAUAAAUGAAGCUUUUUAAUGGAAUGUAUUGGAACAACAUUUUUUUUUCAUUCCAUUUUAUUAUGUUGCUUUAAUUUGUUACUUUCCUCUUAAAGAGCACUUUUAUCGACGGCAUAUUUAUUUAAUUAUUUUUGUAUUAUUUGAAUUUCGUAUUUUCUUGGUUAUUUUUUUGAAAACC